CUAUGUUGGAGAUGCAUCCAUUAAUAAAUGAUUUUGAUGUCAUCCACAAAAAUGUGACGGAGGUCCGAUGGGUUAUGCCAAGAAUGGUGGCACAUGGUACCGAUUUUAGUUCGAGAAGUCGAGAAGUCAAGAAUCUUCCUAGUUCUUCAACCAAUCCCUCGCCAUCUUCAACCAACAAUUGGUAUUAUUGAUGCAGAAGACAGCGAUCUCUACGUUGCUUCAAACGAAAAGACCUUGAUGGAACGGGACCACCCAGUACUCGAGUGAUCUAUCUAAAUGAAAAAAUCUCAGGCCCACUUCUAUUUGUUGGUUGGCGGUAAGAAAUGCUGAUAAUGGUAGGGGAUAAUGAUACCUAGGCUUUGUUUUUCAAGUAUGGUUGUGGCGCAGACAUUUUAGCAUCACUAUCAUGGUAGCAUUGGUAUUAUACUUAUCGUCUCAUAUCCUUCCAUAAUGCUUGAUAGACUGUUUUCUGUCGAUCUUCUGUUACACCACUGGUACCAUACGAUACGGUACGAUAACGAAACACAAACAUUCAGAAUUGUUAACAGAAAGGAAGAGAGGGGUGGGUGGAGUUCACAUUUAUUGCCAACAAUUAUCUCAACAUUCACUCAACAUGAGUACCAGUCCGGCUGAGCCAAAAGGCAUUUUAAAGGCGAGCGAAAUUGAUCUUUCAGAUACUCCAAUUGCAGUCGCAUCUUCUUCGCUAUCACAAAAUAUACCGAAAUUGUCCCAUCAAAGACACGUAUACCGCAGAAUGGACUCGCAAAGCUCCGUUCGAUUCUCCCCAAAUCUUGAAAGUACUCCCCAAGACAGUCAAUAUUCGACAAUUCCCUUAAUAGUUGAGGGUGAUUCCAAUAAUUCUGCGGACAUGUCUCAAGGAUUGGGUAUAUCUCGAAUGUCCACCACUGCCAGUCGCAAAUCUCCAAGUCCACCCAGUCCUUCAAGUGGAUUUUACAGUCCGCCAAUUGGUUCCGGAUCUUUGAUGACUUCUCCUGCGACUUCACAAAAUCGUCUACUGGAAUCUCCGAGCUGGCCGGAAAAUAAUACAUAUAGUGCAGGUGGAGGAUACUCGGGGGUAGAUCAGAGGCAUACGCGCAAUGAAUCUGUGAAUAAAGAAGAUAUUUCUAAGGGAAAGAUUUCAGCUUUCACUGAGAGUUUGGACAUAGCUUUUGACGGUCCAGACCUCUCCAGACCGAACAGUAUCCGUGGAACUCCUGUGCAUGACGAGAAACACAUUGGAUGUGGAUGCGCAGCAAAUAAUGAUAUUCAUUCGCGGGGCAGAAGUUGGACGUCAGUAUCAGUUUUAUGCCUAUGCAUAUAUUCAACUAUAUUCUCCGGCAUUUGGUUUUUCAUAGCUGUUCUUCGGCCACGAUAUGGCGAGCAUAUUAAAACCAAUGGGUCGUUGCCUCCAACAACUGCUUCGAUUUUGUUUGCUGGUUUUGCGAAAACUAUUGAGCUAUCCUUUGUCACUAUAUUUGUCAAUUUUCUAGGCCAAGUCUUGAGUCGGAGAUCUCUUAUUAGGAACUCUGAUGGUGUCACCGUUGCUGAGUUGACAAUGCGAAAUUGGGUAAGUUUAACUUUUUUGGUGUUUGAUAUGGGUUUCUUUACGUCUGAUGUGGAAUGCUCGUUUGAUAUUAACUAUCCUCCUUUAGGUCAUUCAACCAGGAUUCAUGCUCACGAACCCCAGGAUUUUACGAAGGGCCGCAUUGUCAAUUUUGGGAGGAAUCACAUUAACCGCAGCUGUUGUAGCUAUGUUUUAUACUACGGCAUCAGAUGCCAUAGUCAGCCCUAGUCUCCAAUUCGGGAAAUGGGAUAGUGUGAUAAUGAAGGGUCUGGUCAAAACAAGUUAUGGCAAUCCAUUUUAUGUUGAGCAGAGUUGUCAAACCCCUAUUUCAACAGCUAUGGAUCCGCUAUAUUCCGCUUCCACUUGUGUGGAUAUCGAUCAUGCUGGGGAAGGUGUGUAAAACCUCCAGUAGGCUGUUUUUAAAAUACGCUAACCCUCUAGCGUAUCAUAACUUUCUCGAGUAUCUUCGUACUUGGGCCGAAAUUGCUGCUCCUGGAGGCAAAAGUAACUCAUCCGAGUUAGCACAUCGUCCAAAUGUGACAGCCAUGCUCUACGAUAACACUACUGUCAAGGCCUCAUGGAUUCGUACUAAUACUAGCGAUAUGGCUGCUAGUUAUAAAAAGUACAAUCGUGUUGUGAACAACGUCACUCUUGCUAUGCCACACUCCGGUGUUAUCUCAGCUGCAACUGAUCAAGUUAAUGGCAUUUUACAGCCUUCUGAUCUCGAGGGUGUUGGAGAAUACAAAGUAAGAGCGUCAGUAGUGAGCCCCACUAUCAACGUUUUAUGCGUGAACAUGAAUAAAACUGAGCUAUCGCCAAUUAUCUACGUUGAUUGGCCGAAUGCGGUCACAACUGAUUCUAUAACUGUUCCAAAUCAAAAGCUGGCUUGGGGCGGUUAUACAUCCCAAAUUGUUUUAGAGUCGGGACAGGAAUAUCUUAAUAGUACUGCAGUAGAUGAUAUCUUUGGCUGGGGUACAAAUGGUAAACAGCCUCCAGUGUUUCCGAUGGUAAGUAAGCUAAGUAGUAUAAAUAUGGUUGAAUGUUUGCUGACUUACUUUAGUUACCCAUUGACUACAAUACCAUAAGUAACAUAUCGGUAUACAUGAGCGAAUUCAUUUACGUUCUUACAAAAUCCAGUAUUACAACCGAUUAUACCAUCUGUGAAAUGAGUGAGUACUCCUUUCGACAUACUUUAAUUAUUUUACUUCUACAUUCCCACAGUUUGAUCUCCAGUUGAUCAAGGAACAAAUCUACAAUGUUAUGGAUUGUCUAGAACGUCUGGCUUUGGUACUAACAAUAACCUUCCAGGCUCUUUUCUUGCAACUGAUUGCAGCACAAAAUACUCGGCUGCUGGAUCGGGAGGGACUCUCGAGACCACAUGCGAAGAUCCCAAUGAUGAAUUGGCCUAUGCCAAAUCCUACGACCCUCCACCUCCACCUCCUGCCGCACAAACAGAUUUUCGAAACAUAAUUUCAGAAUGGGCACUUACAUUGUCCCUUAACACCGGAAUUUCAAACGAUAACGCUUCUGUUUCUCGAUUGCUGACACAAUUCGUCGCGACGACUCCUAGUCUCAAUACCACAUUACCGAGUCUAGCAGAAGCCCUCGCUUCACUCGCUGGCUGUACCCUAUUAAUUAGUGCCCAGGACGCCACUUUCAGACAUUACAUGGGAUAUGAAGCUACAAAUAGUAUCGUAAGCCCCGGCAUAUAUGAACCUUUCAACGCAUCCAUCUCCAGUCAAUCCUACACUUCUGGCCCUGCCGUUCGCUGGCAAAAUAUAUUCUAUGUUGUCCUCAUACUCGUUUUCCUAACCAAUCUUUUCUGUCUCGGCUAUUUCAUCCGCCAACGUGGUCUCGUAACUGAUUUCACCGAAACUCAGAAUUUAUUUGCUCUAGCAGUUAAUAGUCCCCCUUCUCAACGCUUAGGUGGAAGUUGUGGUGCUGGUCCGCAAGGAGAUCAGCUAAAUGUUGAUUUCCAUGUCCAUCAUGAGGAAAAUUCAAGUCACUUCUACUUGAAGGAGGGAAAUAGUAGCAGUGUUUUUGAGCCGUCGAGUUUUGAGUUGAAGAGUCGAAAAGGCCCGGGUAUGGGGUUGAAAUCGAGGACCGCGAGUAGUUAUAGCAUGUUGAGUAAUAAACGGAGGAGUAUCCUGUAGUUUUGGGAUAUGCGAUGUACGAUAUGCAGCUCAGUGGGAGAUAAUAGAGGGGUGAAUGGUUUGCAUAUUAUAGAGAAGCGAGCGGGGGGUUCCUUUUGUGGCUGCUUUGUAUAGAUAGAUAGAGAGAUUUGAGAUUUGAGAUACCCUUGAUUAAUGAUGAAAUUUUGAAGUUUAAUAAUUAU